AUGAAGUACGCGCUUGCCGCAGCUCUGAUACUCCAGAGCACUACCGUACUCGGUAGCCUUCUGCCUGUUCAUUUCAACGCACCUUCUCCAGCACACUUUCUCGACAUCGUCAACAAUGGCACAUACGAUCUUGGCUGCAGACCCAAGGCGGUGCCAUCGAAAGAAGGUCAUUUCGAGCUCCACGCCCUGCUGACCGAGGACCAAAUCGCGUACCUUUCCAAAGAGUACGAGAACCAUGCAGAGAUCAGCCUACACCGUCGUGACCUCAGCAAGAGGGCUGCCACCGCACCGAUCGGCACUGGCGACCGUUGGUCGGGCGGUUCUGUCACACCGUCUGGUCUUGGCACCAAGGCUACGGGAUCGACCAUGAGCAGCAUCAUGAAUCCCACCGAGAUCAACUCUGCCAUCAAGGGACUCGUCAACGGAUACGGUAUCAGCACCGUCACUCUGCCAUACAAGACCUUCAAUGGCGCUACCCAAACCGCCGGAUACGUUGGCGCCGGCACAGACAAGUCCAAGUACCGCCUCUAUCUCUCCGCUGGAAUGCACGCACGCGAACGCGGAGGCCCUGAUCAGCUCAUCUACUGGAUCUCAGAUCUCCUCGCCGCGAACAAGGCUGGAAGCGGUCUGAAGUACGGUAGCAAAUCAUACACCAAUGCUCAAGUCAAGAGCGUCCUUGCCGCCGGUAUCGUCUUCUUCCCACUCGUCAACCCAGACGGUGUUGCAUACGACCAGUCUUCCGGAUCACUAUGGCGCAAGAACCGCAACACGCGGUCCGGCACUAGCGGUGCCUCCGUCGGUGUAGACAUCAACCGCAACUUUGACUUCCUCUGGAACUUCAAGAAGUACUUCGACCCCUCCACAUCCCCUGCAUCCACCUCGCCAAGCUCAGAGGCCUUUUACGGUUCAGCUGCUGCAUCAGAGUCUGAGACCAAGAACCACGUCAGCGUCUACGACUCAUUCCCGAAGAUCAGGUGGUUCAUGGACAUUCACUCCGCUACCGGCGACAUCCUGUACAACUGGGGUGACGAUGAGCUUCAGAGCACCAGCACCACCAUGAACUUCCUCAACAGCGCGUAUGAUGGAAAGAGAGGUCGUCUUGGAGACUCCACGUACAAGGAGUACAUUCCCUCGGCUGAUGCGACAAACAUCAAGAACGUUGCUGCCAAGACGGCGGCUGCGAUGCGAGCAGUCGGUGGCCGUGACUACACAUCCAUGCAGUCUGUCGGCCUCUACGCUACCUCUGGUGCUUCAGACGACUACGCCGCUAGCCGCACAUACGCCAAGUCUGGUGCGAACAAGAUUCACGGCUUCACCAUGGAGUUCGGGUACAGCACCAACUUCUACCCCACUCUGCCCGAGUUCAACACCAACAUCCUUGACACCAACGCCGGUUUCAUGGACUGGGCGCUUGCCGCGAUCGCCGCCGGCCUUGACUAG